GUGGCCAACAUAUGUCAAGCACCACAUAUUUGUUCCUCGCAUAUCUUCUUCUUCUUCUGUUCUGUAGUCUCUCUAUUUAAAGCCCCUGGUUAACACCCCUUCAAACCCACAACACAACAAGUUCAGUUUCAAGUUCCAACUUCUUUGGCUAAUUGUCAUAAAAUCUCAGCCAAAGUUCUAUUUGUGUGUUGGUUUUGUUCAUAUAUAUAUAUAUAUAUAUAUACACAGGCAUGGGCAUGGCAGCCAAGGCAAUCCCAACAACAAGGAGCAGUUUGAAGCUUCGGCCAUGGACACGGUGUUCAAAGCACAUAAGAGAGCAGAGGGCACGGCUUUACAUCGUAUGGAGAUGCAGUGUGAUGCUUAUGUGCUGGCAUGAUUAACUAUAUAUUUAAAAGGCUAAUUAAUUAUGUUAAUUAGCUCAGUUGAGUUGAGUUGAAGCAUGCACAUGCACUACUGUGUUGUUGUUGUUGUUGUUGAUCAAUCUCCACUCCGAGCUUGGGAUUCAGUAGGAGGAUUAGGGUGAGUAAUUAACCAUACCGUACGGGUGGGGUGGAUAUUGUGGUGUUUCUCUCUGCAUCUGCAUGUUGUAUUGUAUAAUGAUCAGGCAAACAAGAGUGACGCAGUUUUGGCUUAAAUGGUAGGUAGGUUAAAGUAAGUUGAAGAAGCUAUAUAUAUAUAUAUAUAUAUAGCUCCAAUUUCGAAAUGUGUAUUUGAUUUCACUAUGUAAAUACAUACAUGUACCAUAUGAUAUGAUUAUGAUGUAUGGAUCUCUCUGAUAAUAAAUUAUGACACUAUUGCACGUCCAA